AUGAGAAGAUAUGAGGUUUUACUAUGUGCACAAGAUUCAGAGUUCGCUAAAAACAGAUAUGGAGGUUAUUUUGGUGUAUUUCUUAGUUUGUUUAGAGAAGAAGGAGAAACAUGGGAUAAGUUAGAAGUGUGUAAUGGUGAGUUUCCAAAAGAUGAAGAAAUUGAGUUAUAUGAUGGUUUUGUAAUAACAGGAAGUGCUAGUGAUGCUCAUGGGGAUGAUAUUUGGAUCAUUCAACUUCUGAAUUUCUUGAAGAAACGUCUUCUUGGUAUCUGUUUCGGUCAUCAGAUAAAAGCAGUGAGACGGGAAUCUCGCACGACCAAUAGAUUCCAGAUCAUAUUUGCUGUUUCACGUGUCUGCAUUUAA